AUGAAUAUAAAUGAGCCAAAGAAAGCUGCAAUUUUAUAUUUUUUAUCAAGUAGUGAUGACGAAGAUGAGGACGUUAUAGAAUUCAUUUUUAAUACACAUCUAAAAAAUAUUAAACCAAAAAUAUCCAAUUAUAUAAUAGAUGUUGUACACAAUUAUUCCGAUCAACAAUUUAAAAAUCAUUUUCGUAUUGAACGAACUACUGCCUAUUUUAUCAUAGACAAAUUUGAAGAAUCCAAAUUUUUUCCUAAAGAGAUUCCUUACACAAUUACAGUUUGUUCUCCAGAGACUCAUAUUUUAUCAUAUUUAUGGUUUUCUGCAAACAAAUGUUGUCUACGUGAUGUAUCGGAACGUUUUGGAGUAGGACUCACUACACAGUACCGUAUUAAUAAUAGAGUUAUGGAUUUUUUGAUUGAUAUUUGUUCAACAUACAUAAAUUUCAAUGAAGGGUUUGAGAAAUUAGCUCAUGAAUUUCAAAAGAUAUCAGGAAUACCAGGUGUUAUUGGAUGUAUUGAUGGAACUUCAAUUCCAAUACGAACUCCUGCUCAUAAAAUAAAAAGUACCUAUACAAAUAGGCAUGACACACCUUCAAUUACUCUUCAAGGUGUAUGUGACUACAAAAAAAGAUUUGUUGAUGUAUUUACAGGUGCUCCUGGUAAAAUACAUGAUUCUAGAGUGUUUGCAUUAUCAGAUUUGAGUAAAAUGCUCUCAAUUAAAUGUGGUAAAAAAUUUCAUUUAAUUGGUGAUGGUGCAUACAGUUUACGAGAGUGGUUGCUUAUUCCAUACAAAGAUUACGGAAGGUUAACAGAUACCCAGAGAUACUUUAAUAAAAGAUUUUGUGCAACUAGAGUGUUGAUUGAGAAUUCAUUUGGACUCCUUAAAUCUAGAUUUAGACAGUUGCUGCAAUUAGACAUUCAUUCUGUAGAUAAAAUAACAAAAUUUAUCGUAUCAUCAUGUGUAUUACAUAAUUUAUGCAUUGAUAUGAAUGACCACAUUAUACCUGAAGAUGUCAAUGAAGAUGAUUUGAGUGUAGUCGAAGAACCAGAUAAUAUAAUGGAUUCAGAAAUGAUACUCAAAAGAAAUGGUGAAAGAAAGCGUGAAGCAAUACAAAAUGGUUUACAAUUUAUGUGA